AUGUUUGGUUGGCUAACGGCAGUACCGGUGCUGUUAUUGCAGGUCUCAUAUGCCGUGCAUUUGUUGGACAAAAAUCUGGACCAUGUAUUGGACGGCACGAGCGGCGAAGUGGGUCCGCACCCGACGGUGUCGGCGCAGUCUAUAUACCAGCGUUUGAACAAAGCGGUGACCAAUAGUCAACAGUUGUUGGAGUCGAUGAACCGGGUGUUUGGCGUAUUCCCGUUCCUACUGUUCAGCGAGUUGUUUCUGACCACAUGUUUACGCCUAACGCAUAUCACUGUCUAUAAAGAUGUGGUCAAAUCGCAGUCAUAUAAUGUCGUUCAGGGAUUGUCUGAAUUUAUGCAGAUUUUAUUCAUGGAUUUCCUGUACGUGUUUGUCGUCGACUACUGGCAGAGUCGGCGCCCGACUGUUAAUGAUAUGCUUUAUAGGCUGAGCCAAACGGGCCGUCCGUUUACGGCCCGCGACGCCCGCACUCACGAUCUGUUGGCCCAACAGUUAGUGUACGGCUAUUGUGGCGGUAAAUACCGGGCGUUCGGUGUGUUUGCUAUCGAUCGCCGAUUUGUGUUUGCAUUCGCCGUAAACAGCUAUGACAUACACUUUAUGAAACGCGUGCUGUUUAUCAUCAUCAAAAUAGUUAUAAUUGUGGGUCAAUUAUAUCACAUGUGUAUUUUGGUCCGUGAAUACCAAUCCGUUGGUGACAUUUACAAGAGUUUGUUCAUCAUAUCCGUGGCCACCAAACAGAUGAUAAUCGGCGCGAUUUACGCGUGUUUUGAAUAUAAAUUGCGUGAAAUCCGGAAUAUUCUGCGCAAAAUCGCGGAUCAAUUGCCGGAAUCAGACGGUAAGCGCGUGCGAAACGUCGGUAUAAUACUCGCCAUAUGCUGGUCACUCUACCUGGCGAUCACCCUGUUGUUUGACGUAUUCACUGAACACACACUGGACUUGGUCAUUUACAUAUACUGGUCGCUGGCGAUGUUUGGUUGGCUAACGGCUAUACCAGUGCUGUUAAUACAGGUGUCAUACGCUGUACACCUGUUGGACAGGGAUGUAAUCAAGGCUCUGGAAGACAGUGACCCACACCUGCCGGUCGACACACUGUAUAGUCGUUUAAACAAAGCGGUCACCAGUAGUCAGACGUUGACUGAGUCGAUGAACCGGGUGUUUGGCGUAUUCCCGUUCCUACUGUUCAGUGAGCUCUAUCUGACCACAUGUUUACGGCUCACACACAUCACUGUCAACAAAGACAAGUCACUCACGUAUAACAUCGUUCAGGGAUUGUCUGAAUUUACGCAGAUUUUGUUCAUUGAUUUCCUGUAUGUGUUUGUCGUCGACUAUUGGCAGUCCUGUCGCCCGACUGUCAACGAUAUGCUCUACCGGUUGAGCCAAACGGGCCGUCCGUUCAGCGCCCGCGACGCUCACACUCACCACCUAUUGGUCGAGCAGUUAGUGUACGGCUAUUGCGACCGUAAAUACCGUGCGUUUGCGAUGUUUGGUUGGCUAACCGCCGUACCGAUGCUGUUAAUACAUGUAUCAUACGCUGUGCACCUGAUGGACAGGGAUGUAAUCAAGACACUGGGAAACUUACAACUGCCAGUCGACACUCUCUAUCAACGUAUGCACAAAGCGGUGAAGUUGAAUGAGUCGAUGAACCGGGUGUUUGGCGUAUUCCCGUUCCUACUGUUCAGCGAGUUGUUUCUGACCACAUGUUUACGCUUAACGCAUAUUACUGUCUAUAAAGAUGUGGUCAAAACGCAGUUAUAUAAUGUCGUUCAGGGAUUGUCUGAAUUCAUACAGAUUUUGUUUAUGGAUUUCCUGUAUGUGUUUGUCGUCGACUAUUGGCAGUCCUGUCGGCCGACUGUCAACGAUAUGCUCUACCGGUUGAGCCAAACGGGCCGUCCGUUCAGCGCCCGCGACGCUCACACUCACCACCUAUUGGUCGAGCAGUUAGUGUACGGCUAUUGCGACCGUAAAUACCGUGCGUUUGUCCUAUUGUGGCAAAAGUGGACGUUUUGGAAACGACAGGGAAUACCGACCGACUGGUCGGCCAGAAGUGGUCGACCCUUUCAUAUUGCAGACAAUGAUUGCCACAAAAAACACGGAAAAGUUGUCGGUUUUUAUGAGGGUUUGAGGCCGUGUCUAUCGAUAACUGACCCCGAGCUUAUACGAAAAGUAUUGGUCACCAAUUUUCACCAUUUCCCAAACCAUAGGGAACUUACCUUGGACUCCGAGCCAAUGAGCAAAGGGCUAUUUUUAUCGCGUUAUCCGCUAUGGAAACGUAUGCGCGCACUUCACGCCACCUCAUUCACCACCGGACGCAUCAAAGCUAUGCUACCGAUAAUGUCGGACACGUUUGAACGGUUGGCCACUCUAUUGGACCCGAAAGCCCGCGACAGUCAAGUGGUAGACUUCCGGACAGUUUACGACUCGUUUACGUUUGACGUGAUUACUAAAGCUGUGGCCGGUGCCGACGCAAACGCCCUUGAUCACCCUGUGAAUAACUCUCUGUUUACCGCGGUGAUCACAAUGUUUCAAAAUGACCAAGGUGUGCGCGAUUGGCUGGUGUUUUAUAUGCCGUUUUUACGCCGCUUCGUUGACAUACCCUUCUUUGACCCGAAAAAAAUGCAAGUAAUCAGCGAUACUGUGAAUCACGUGAUCGGCGAACGGGUGGCCAACGACGCACAGGUGGCCGACUUUUUACAGCACUCGGUAAAUGCCAGCGUAUGGGCCGACACAUACCCGACCCCUCCUGUAAACGUUAAUAAAGCUUUCGAUAAAUUGACCAAGGAUGAGGUAAUUGGUCAGGCGAUUAACAUGUUGGGCGCCGGCCACGAGACCACUGCGUCCCAGUUGUGUCUAAUAACACGCAUACUUGCGCUCAAACCCUGGUAUCAAACAAAACUGGUCCACGAGAUUCAUAACACACUGUAUACUAAAGAUACCAAUGAGUUGUCUAUGGAUUACGAAAAGUUGCAAAAAAUGCCGUUUUUGGAUGCAUUUAUCAAAGAGGUUAUGAGAGUUAACUGUUCGGUCAGCCGAGUUGACAGAAUGCUUACGAAAGAUACGUAUUUAGAAGGUAUUUAUCUGCCGAAAGGCACGUCUAUUGUAAUACCCAUUUGGGCGCUGCAUUUAGACCCUGAUCACUUUGUCGACCCCGAUGAAUUUAAGCCGGAACGAUUCCUACCGGAAAAUCUAGAUGAUAUUAAGCCGUAUACAUACCUACCCUUCUCUACCGGUCCGCGCAAUUGCAUUGGUAUGCGAUUCGCUGUAUUAGAGCUCAAGUAUACGUUAGUUAAGCUGUUGUGUAGGUAUGAGUUUGUGGCCUGCGAUGAGACCAAGAAUAUUCUGCGCGAAAUUGAAGAUCAAUUGCCGGAAUCGGACGGUAAACGCGUGCGAACAGCGAGUAUAAUACUUACUAUAUUCUGGUCACUCUACCUGACAAUCACCAUAUUGUUUGACGUGUAUACUGAACGUAAACUAAUUCUCAUUUAUUAUAUUUACUGGUCACUGGCGAUGUUUGGUUGGCUAACAGCUAUACCGGUGCUUUUAAUACAGGUGUCAUACGCUGUUCACCUGUUGGACAGGGAUGUAAUCAAUACACUGGAAAACUUACAAGUGUCAGUCGACACACUUUAUCAACGUAUGCAUAAUGCUGUGAAGUUGACUGAGUCGAUGAACCGGGUGUUUGGCGUAUUCUCAUUCCUGCUGUUCAGCGAGUUGUUUCUGACCACAUGUUUACGCCUAACGCAUAUCACUGUCUAUAGAGAUGCGAUCAAAUCGCACGCGUAUAACAUUGUUCAGGGAUUGUCUGAAUUUAUGCAGAUUUUGUUCAUUGAUUUCCUGUAUGUGUUUGUCGUCGAUUAUUGGCAGUCCUGUCGGCCGACUGUCAACGAUAUGCUCUACCGGUUGAGCCAAACGGGCCGUCCGUUUAGCGCCCGCGACGCCCGCACUCACCACCCACUGUAA